AAACGAGCCGUGGGCCGUUUUGUGUUUCGCGUUUUCAGCCCACUUUCCGUGCUACAUGUAGGCCGGCCCAUUCCGACCCAUAGUUUGUCUCCCCCACUACGGCCGAAACCGGAUCGCAGCGAAAAUGGAUGCACGGCAGGGGUGCGCCGCCGACUCCGAGCUGGAGCUGGCGCGGGCGCGGGCGCGGUGCGUCGCGCUGCAGGACCAUCUUGCCGCUUCGCCGGACCUGCCACGCCAUCCCGCGCUCCGCUCCCUCCUCCGCCUCGUCGACGCCGAGCUGCGCUUCCUCUCCUCGCUCCGCCCCGCCGCGGCCACGCCGCUCUCCUCCAACCUGCCCCACCUCGCGGCGCUCCACCUCGUCCUCACCCACCCAGCCGUGCGGAGCCCGUCCCGGCUCUCGCCGCUCCCGGGGGUCGACUUCGCCUGCGCCUUCCGCGGCCGGCCCGCGUGGGUGCUCGUCUCUGCGAGCAACCCCGUCAGGCUCGCCUGGGCCCCGCCCGGGGGCCUCCGCGCUCGCUUCGCUGCGGCGCUGGACGCCGCGCGCGGUGCCCCGCCCGCUACGCGUCCCGAGAAGCUGCUCCUCGUCUUCUCCCGCGGUGUCGGCGUGGAUAUCGCGCGGGGGCUCGCCGAGGACUUCGAGGCCGUGGACACUGACUUGCUCGAGGAGUUCAUUGGCGACUCCGAGGAGGAGGAUGGGGACGGGUGGGUUGCCGUCAGCUUCAACCCGAGUGAGGACCUUAGGAAUUUCAGGGCGUUCGAGAUUGAUGUCGUGGAGAGUGCUGGCGAGGUUUUGCUGCCACCAGAAGCCGCGGUGGCUGAGGGAAGUGCUGAUGAGGAGCCUUUGAGUUUCGAGGGAGCAUUUGGUGCCUUUAUGGGGAAGAUGCGGAGGGAAUCGAGGGAGCUGGUGAAUUUGGACACCACCGCGCUGGUUGCUAUAGUGUCAGGGAUCAGCAAUGGCGGGGUAGGGAAGCUGAUGGCUACACCUGAGGCAGAGACCAGAGCAAGGUUCAAGUGCAACUACAAGUUCGUCAUGGAUCAGGCACAACCCGAACUGCAGUUUCCAAUACUCAUAGAUUUGGGGAAAGCAGUGGAGGGGAAGCAAUGUAUCAUAUGUGAAACUGUCAACUUGGAGUUCAAAGAAAUUGUUUCGAUGUGUGGUGGAGCUGAAGAGAACAUCAGAGCAAGACAUUUGUUGAAACAACUCACCACUGUCCCAGACAGUCCUUCAACACGAAUGAUGGAUCUUCCAACCACAAGGAAGCUCGCGAUGAAGACCAAAAUUGUUUUUGGCACAGGUGACUAUUGGCGAGCUCCUACUUUGACUGCUAACAUGGGAUUUGUAAGAGCUGUUUCACAGUAUGGUUUGCCCUUGCUAACCAUCGAGCACCGACCUCGGGCAUUGAUUGGUCUGUGACAGUGAGUAUGCCAUAACUAAUUACAGGUGUUUGAGAUCCGAGAGUUGUAAUUCUUUUUUUUUUUUUUUGAUUCAUAGAGAGUUGUAAUUCUGCCUCUUCUGAACAUGAAACUAUCUGAAGUUCUGGCAAUUUUAGUUCUACUCCUAGAACUAUGGUGAGGUGAUGUCCUAGUUUACUCUAGUGUCUAGUCCUGAUAGCUUUGUCCACAACUGUAUCUCGACCCACUGGGAGUUUAUUCGAGCGACAAUGGUUACUGUCUGUACUUAGUAUCCUUGACGACAAAGUCAAGCAUAGCAUAUGUAGGAGUAGCUUUUAAGUCUUCAGCAUAGCUAUGUACAGUGAGAGAAGAGGUGCAGUAUAAAAUAAUGCAGUAUGGAUGAACGCAUGAGCAUGACACAUUUUGAAA